CCGGCCUGCUGCGCCCCGUCCCUGCCCCGGGCUCUGCCCAGGCACCAGGCCACGCGGUUCCCUCAUAUACCCCUAGCCUGGCCUGGGCUGCCCUGGGAGGGGACAGCGUGCUCCCCCUCACCAGCUUGUCACAAAGCGUAAACUGACCAGCAACAUUUCCGGCAUAUUUUCAGCUUUAUUUGCCCUCUCCCUCUAUAAAAAGAACAGAACCCAGGAAUCCAGUGUGAGGCACAGCAAGGGGCCCUUUGCAGUAGUCCCUGGUCUAGACCUUCUACAGUUUAUCUCCACCCAGCAGAAGCAUGAAGUCCUUCACAGCUGCCCUUGCUGUUCUUUUUGUGUCUGUCUUCUGCUACCAGGUCUCAUCUUCACCAGCUGCUGUCAACUUUUCCGGUCCCUGUUGCAUCCAAUACAGCACCAAAGCAAUUCCCCUGAACCGCGUGGUAAUGUACGAGCACGCAGGCAGCCACUGCUUCCAGCCAGCUGUGAUAUUUACCACAGUCAAAGGCACAAUGCUCUGUGGCAACCCAGAAGAUAAAUGGGUCCAGGAUAUCAUGAAUCACCGAAAGGACAAGGCAGACAGUGGAAGGACAACACUGUAGUCACUGCAAACAUCACCUCUACCACAGAGUCUUCUCUCACGAGCUCCUCCUAAACAUGUUCGUGUUUUCUUAUUGCCUGUGAAUUUUGAUAAACUGCCGGUGUGCAGCUCUUUAUUUAAAGUGUAUGCAAAGGCAUUUUAAUUUAUUUGUC